AUGGAAUCCUCUGAUUUGACCGCGCCGUACGCCAGACAGGCCAACGUCUUAUCUCCCACGCAACGAUCUUCAUCCCAUUCGUCUCAUCGUGAGCCACACCGCAUGGCUGCCUUCGAAACGGUCACCGUGCCUGACCAGGGCCAAUCGCAACCAGUCAACGAGGUCACCCCCAUCGUGAGCAACUCUGACACAUCCCGGCGCAACUAUCAUUCGACCGACGGUCUACGGAACAGGGACUCAGGAUCAACAAACAACAACACGGUCUCACGGGAUCCCGGUCAGCAGAACUCCCAGUGUGAUUCGGAAGAACCGCGCGGCUCGUGGUAUAGCCGGCUGGCGGAGAAAUAUGGAAGUUUGGAAUUAGAGAAUAAAGGCAGCGUGGCCCGGGACCAUCUUGCUUUGGAACGAACCUUUCUGGCAUGGCUGCGGACAUCGCUAGCCUUUGCGUCGAUUGGCAUUGCGGUAACCCAAUUAUUCCGUCUGAAUAGUGCUGGGUCCAACGCAAACAGCGCCAACAUGUCGGCUCAUAUGUCUCCCCUUUUGUCAUCCGCUGCGUAUGAUCCCACUAUAGGGGUAACAUCUGCCUCAUCACGGCUUCGGAGCAUCGGUAAGCCGUUAGGGACUACUUUCAUUGGAGUUGCAAUUUUGAUCCUACUGGUUGGAUUUCAUCGCUACUUUGAGAGUCAGUAUUGGAUAAUCCGGGGCAAGUUUCCAGCUAGUCGUGGUAGUGUUGCUUUGACAGCAUUUGUGGCUGCUGCUUUGAUUGUUACUGCUUUUGUUGUGAUCCUUGCUAUUUCGCCCGGCGCGGUCGAAGUGUAA